AUGACCGAUGAAGAAGAUAAAAUUGAAUUUAUUGCAGACGAAACUCCGACCGCGGAGGAAACAAUUUUAACGGAAGAGGAAAAAACUAACCAGCCUAAAACUUCUGUCAAAAAAAUAAUUGGCAGAACACUUGGGUUAGUUAAGCACGGAAAAUACGAAUUAAAAAAACAAAAAAUUGAGGAGUUAAAACAAAAUAAAGAAAAAUUAAAAAAAAUUCGUCAAGCCCAUGAUGCCUUAGCAACAGAAAAUAGCCAAGUAAAAGCUCAACUGACCGAAAGAAAAAAUCUAAUAAACUCGCAAGCAACCGAGAUAAAUGACUUAAAAGGACAGGUAGUUAACUUACGAGAAGAAAACGAUGUCUCCCAGGAACAAUUAACGACCGAAUUAGGAAAAAAAGACCAAAUAAUUAAAGAUUUACAAGCCCAGAUUGCCCAGUUAGAAAGAAAAAGAAGUCCGGACUCCACAAAAAACGAAGCAGAAGCUCAAACCAAUUCAGGUGACCUUAGAGCUUUACAAACUGAAUUAAAACGAUAUAAAGAAGGUUAUGAAAAUCUCACUAAAAUUAAUAAAAAUUUAGAAAUUAAACAUAAUGAGACCCAAAAUGAAAAUUUAUUAUUGAAGGCAGAGGUUCAUAAUUUAAAAACUGAACUAGCUAAAUUAGCGAAUCAAUUGAAAAAUUCUGCUAAUAAUGAAACUGAGACUUUUAAGUUGUUAAAAGACUUCGAAGCAGAACUCGAUUAUUGA